ACAUAAAAUACUACAUAGUUGUUACUUAUCUACUUGCCUUUGUAGGAUUGUUGUAUUAUUUGAGUGCUUGAAAUGCUUAUUGCAGUGCAAUUAUUAUAUCGUACUUCUUCCUGCUAAUGAAAGUAUUUUGUGAGAUAGCAUAUACAUUGAAAAUUGUCUUUCAGUGACAAGAAUCAUUUAAACACUGUUGUUGACUUGUUGAAAUGGAGUAGUCAGUAGUGUAAAUGGAGCUUACUAUGUUCAAACUCAGUACUUAUUUAAUUUUUAUAACUUAAAUUUGUAAGAAACAAAACAUUAUUAUUAAUAAAAUGGAGGAGGAAUUAAGAUGUUUCUUGUGUAAAGAAUUCUACAGAGAACCUGUCUUACUGCCGUGUGGUCAUUCGUUGUGUCGUGUUUGUGCUGUUAGUGUUCAAACCCAUGUUCAUGAUAACGAUAACGCUUCGGCUGUUGCGUCCGAUUACCAAGAAGCCGAUAAAGCGUCCGUUUCAAGUGAAACCGAUAGUGGAGUUGUUUGUGGAUCUAGACCAAAUAGUUACGCAGGUACAACUGCUGCACCUGUGUAUUCUUCUACUGCGUUUAGUAUAACAUGUCCUGUUUGUUCCAAGCAAGUUUUAUUAGAUGAAAAUGGAGCUGAGGGAUUGCCACCUUUUCGAGUUAUGCGGACAAUUGUGGAAAGAUUUGGAGGUAUUAAUAUAGCACCACCUGCCGAGGAGGCUUGUCAAAUGUGUGAAGGAGAGAGGCGUGCUGCAAUUGUAAGGUGUGAACAGUGUUCAGUUAGGUAUUGUGCUGGAUGCAGAGAUGCCUGGCAUCCAAUACGUGGACCAUUAGCUCAGCAUGAGCUCAGGGCUUUAGGCACCACUUGUAUAGAUCAUGGCUUAUCUCCUGUUCUUUAUUGCAAUACAUGUUUGAUACCAAUAUGUCCAAGAUGUCUUAAUGAACGACACUCCUCUCAUGAAACUCAACCAUUAUCCAAUGCUGCUAGAGCUCAUAAGACUGAAUUAUCACAAUCACUUCAACAGCUUUCUGAGGAGGCUAAGGCUGUAACUGAGUAUAUACAAUUAGUUAAGGGUUCAGGUGAGAAAAUAAAUGAAUCUUGUGAAGAAUUAGAAAGACAAAUUGAUCAGGCAUGUGCAGAGAUUACCCGCGCUGUUGAGAGGAGGCGUGAUGAACUAGUUAGGGCCGCUCGAAACACAAGGUCCCAGGCUGCAACAAAUAUGAGAUCACUCACAGGCCAGGCAGCUCAAAAGCUUAGAGAAGCAACAGCUCUACUGCACUUUUCUAUUGAAGCAUUGAAGGAAACUGAUAAUGCUGCUUUCUUACAGGUUGGAAACCUACUGUCAGUACGAGCACAAGAGACCGCUAGUGGGCUUCGGUCAUCACUGGAGUCCCCGCCUUCUCCGCCAGCUCUGACUCUUGACAUAGAGCCUGUCAUACGAACAGUUAAAACAAUGAAUUUCAUAGAGUGCAUCCCGCCGGGAGCCCCCGAGAUGGCGGUAGAGGCAUGCGCCGCUCGCGGCUGUUCGUGUACACUGGCGUGGCGUCCGCCCGCCGCGCCGCACUCCGUCCGCGGAUAUAUUCUGGAACUAGACGACGGACUUGGGGGUCCUUUCCGAGAGGUGUACUGCGGACGAGAGACGGUGUGCACAGUGGACGGGCUCCACUACGCGUCCUUGUACAGCGCACGUGUUAAGGCCUUCAAUGGAGCUGGCGAGGGGCCUUACAGUGAAGUGAUCGGACUGCAGACAUCACCAGUCGCGUGGUUCUCGUGGGACGCUCGUUGCGCCAGUGCAGAAGGCGGGCUGGUGAUAGGCGCCGAAGGUCUGAGCGCACGCGCGGGUGGUUGGCAGCCCCGCGUGGUGGUGGCAGACCAGCCGCUGGCGAGGGGCGUGCACUACUGGCGGCUGCGGGUGGACCGCUACGACGGAGACGCAGACCCUGCCUUCGGGGUGGCAAGACACGACGUGGCCAGGGACAAGAUGCUGGGAAGCGACGCUCUGGGUUGGGCGAUGUACAUCGACGGGUCGCGCUCGUGGUUCGUGCACGGCGGAGCACACGCCGGGCGUGCGGCGGGCGGCAUUCGCGCCGGCGGCACCGUGGGCGUGUUGCUGGAUCUCACGCGGGGCGUGUUGGCCUUCACCGUGGACGACCGGCCGCAGGGUGAUAUAGCAUUCACGGGCUUGCGAGGCGCGUUUUAUCCGGCAGUUUCUUUGAACCGGGGAGUCGCCGUAACCCUUCAACCUGGUCUGCCGCCACCUCCAGAUAUGCUCAUGUCAAGUCUUUCCAUCGAAUAGUAUACUUACUCUAUUUUAAGUCUUGCCGAACAACGAUUCAAUUGUCUAAUCUCUCUAGAUAUAUAUUAUACAUCUUUGGCCUUACAAAUAAACUUGGUAUAAAGUGAGAAUUAACCAAGAAUAAAAAAUGUUUACAUGUAGACAUUUUGCUUACGAUUGGUUUAUUCGGAGUAUCACGUUUCCCGCGUUUAUUUGCAUGGCUGCCUGGCAUGCGAAAAACUUCAAAACUAUCACUGUAUUGACAGUGUUGUCAGCGAUAUAGUCAUAAUUUUGCACAUACUUGGUUUAUUCUCAGGUAUAAAUUUAUACCAAGUUUAUUUGUAAGGCCGCUUUGGUUAAGCUAAAUAAUUUGUACUUAGAUCACUUUGUUGAUUGUUUAUGUCUUAAUGGAGUAUAGCACAAUGAACUAGAAUAUCAUAUACAUGUAUGAUAUCGAAACUACGGUAUAGUUAAGGUACUUAAUAAAAAAUUAUUACAAAUUAAUUGGAUGUAGUUCCUGAAAAACGUUUCAAGCCACAAACAUCACAUUUUAAGGAAUUCGUUUUUAAAGUUUAAUAAAUGUUAGUGUAUUCCAUUAAUGUGGGUUGGGCUACUAAGUCAUGAUUUCAUUUAAAGAGUAGGGCUGCCAUAUUCUGUCAGUCUGUUAUUAUGAAUCACGUGACCAGUUUGUGUUCUUAACUCAAUUUCGACAUGAUUGUGGUUUGGAACGUUUUUCUGGAACUACGUCCAAUUGGAAAAAUAAAAUAUCGUCACAAAUUGAAAAAAAAUAUAUAAAUUUUAUACGAAUAUUGGAAAGUCCCUUCACUAUAAGUAAAAAUGUAAAUGUUUAUGUUUCUCCGAUUCACAUUUGUAUCUUUAUCGAUUUGAUAUUGUGUCGGACAGACAGUAUGUUGCCUAUAUGUGCUCCAUGCAGACAUAUUUAAUCAAAUAUAAAUUAAUUGAAAGUGCAGCGGCUCCAUCUAGUGAGGCACUUGUAAAUAUAACAAUAAUUAUAUACCGUUCCGUUAAACUUCCGUCUGUAGACAUUUAUAAUCAUAUCUUAGUGUAAGGUUAUCACAAUAACUAAUUAUUGUGCCUAGAUAGGUAAGUACGAUAGUAAACUAAUUUAAAUUUAUAAAUACCCACUGAAAUUAACUUCAGACAAUAAGCAUAAAUUAAUUUGAAUGUAGUGAAUUAAGUUAAUCGAGUUUUGCUUAUACAAACUGGUUAGAUUAAGUAACAUAAAUGAAAAAGAGUUAUCAGGUGCUCCGCUGUUUUAUCGUUAUAAUAAGGCCUAUCGCAGACGACAGACUAUCCGUGAUGCACUUUUAAGACUGUGACAAUAAAUCAUAUAGAAUUAUAUGCAGUACCGCAUACGACGCGCAAAAAGUCUGCAACACAAAAUAUCCUCAUAGAUCUGACAGACCGUGCCGUACAAAAAGUGCGCCAAAAAUAUAAUGUUCGCGCCUACACGCGCUAACGCAGACGACGCUCACUUUAGUCUAUAGUCUGCACUUGCUAGAGAUUGACGUGUAUCAUGGCGCUAGACAUCGAUGUAUCGAUUUUGAUUCAAGAAAUAGAAAACAGACCAGCACUGUAUGAUACAUCUUUGGCAGAGUAUCAUGACAGAAAUUUAAAAAAAAAUUGCGGGAUGAAGUUUGCAAAUUUAUUUGGAUAUAGUUUUAGAACUGAAUGUUUGAUAUGAAACAGUCCCUUUAAUAAUCCCUAUUGUUCUACUGACAAAAUGACCGAAAGUGUACGUCGGCGUUAAACCAGGGUUUCAUUAAAUUGUCCAUCAUGAAGAAAUAUAACACUAAGAAUUUCUCAGUUUAUUGAAGCAUAACUGCUAGUAUAGAUAUGAACCGUCUUUACAUAAAACAACCGCUUUUAUAGCUUCCGUACAAUAGAUGAAACAGAGUAGAUACAACUUCUUUUAAAACACAAAUACAAUUAAGUAUUUUAAAAUAAUUCCUAAAUACAGCUCAAUAAAUGUUUUAGAGAAUUUAUGUAACUUCAAAUGAUUUAUAUAAUAGUUUGUUCAUUUAAUUUGAACAAACAUUACGAAGUAAGAAAAU